CUUCUUUCCAUUACCUUUCACCUAUACAUACAUACAAACAAACAUCUGCCUAUAUAUAUACACUCACGCAUAGACACACACAUGUACAUAUAUCGGAGCUGAUUUUACAUCAUCGUCCAAUCCCUCUCCUUCAGAUCAGCAAAAUUCAACUUAUAAAAAGCUAGAAGCACCUGAUUCAGCUCAGCUGCAAUGAAGAAAACAUUGGUUGUAAUUACUGCUGCAUUAAUGCUAAUGAUUGUAAUCAUUGCCUCUAUUCCAGGAGGGGUGCUAAAUAAGUAUGGCAGUACAAGAAUGGUUGCAGAGAGUACUACCAUCAACACCACUACUUCUGCCACUCCACUUUUUGGUCUCCAUCGAAAGCUUCUUUUUGGUCAUGCAACUGGGAAAGUGGAAGUGUACCCGAACCGGAUUUGGGGGGACAGGUGUUCAAAAUCCGACAUAGUAAUCAGCCAGGGUCCCACUGCUCCAUUGCCUAGUGGCAUCCCCACGUACACGGUUGAGAUCAUGAACGCUUGCACAACUGGCUGUGAUAUCUCUGGGAUCCACCUCUAUUGUGGCUGGUUUAGCUCUGCCCGUCUCAUCAACCCUCGCCUCUUUAAGCGUCUUCACUAUGAUGACUGCUUGGUUAACGGCGGGAAGCCACUGAUUAAUGGUCACACGAUCUCAUUCCAGUAUGCCAACACCUUCCCUUACCCCCUUUCCAUUUCGUCCGUCGUCUGCUGAUCAGCUGGUUAAUCUGAUCGUAGAAUAAGUAAAUCCACGUACAGAAAGAGCUCUGCCAAAGAAAUCAUUUUUGUUUGGGAAAAAUUGCAUAUUACACCCUGCUAGUCUGACUUCAAAUUCAGUUGAUUCUAUUUAAUCUGCUAGAAUUAGGAUCUAAUGAUAUAGUGAAUUUAAGUUUAGCUUAAAGGGUUGAAAAUGCAAUUUUUAGUUUGCUUCUAUUAUAUACACAUGUAAAUGAGAGCUGAAAAACCUUGUUAAGCGCUGAUCAAGGAGUUUUGUUUUUGCAGAAAAUUAUA